AUGCUGAGACUACUGGGAGGCGCAAAGCGCAUGCAGUCCAGCGUGAGCGUGCUACGCACAGCCGCAGAGCUGCAGGCGGCCACGGCGCGCCCGCGCGCCGUGGUGAACCUCAGCGCGGCCUGGUGCGGACCGUGCCGCGGCAUGGCGCCCGUGUACAAGCGUCUGAGCGAGGAGCAUCGCGACAUCAGCUUCUACAAGGUCGACAUCGACGAGCUGCCGGACGCCGCGCGCCACUUCGGCGUCACGGGUGUGCCCACCUACGUGGUGCUGCGCGAUGGGCGUGAGCACGCGCGUGUCGUGGGCGCGGACCCGCGCGCGCUGGAGCAAGCCCUGACGCUGGACGGGUGA